GCCGCUAUAUAAGCGCAGGCAAGCGGACAUUCGGAGGGGCUGAAGAUGAAGGUGCCCGCGCAUGGGCCCCCACUGAUUGCCAACCCCUCCCGAGCCCGCGCCCAGCGCGGAGCCCGCGGCCGCCCAGGACCCGCCUUCGCCGCAGUAGCAGCUGGAGCAGCGACAGACGAGGCAGCUGCGGCGGUGGCGGCGGCGCCCGUCGCCGGAGCGCGUAGAUCGGCGGCGGCAGCUCGGGGGCCGCCGCAGCCCCGGCUGCCAUGAGUUGUGCGGAGGUGAUGUAUCACCCCCAGCCGUAUGGAGCGCCCCAGUAUCUGCCCAACCCUGUGGCAGCUGCAACCUGCCCCACAGCCUACUACCACCCGGCGCCCCAACCUGGCCAGCAGAAGAAGUUAGCGGUAUACAGCAAGAUGCAGGACUCUCUGGAAGUCACCCUUCCCAGCAAACAAGAGGAGGAGGAGGAUGAGGAGGAGGAGGAGGAGGAGGAGGAGAAAGACCAGCCUGCCGAGAUGGAGUACCUUAACUCUCGCUGUGUCCUUUUCACUUAUUUCCAGGGAGACAUUGGGUCAGUAGUGGAUGAACACUUCUCAAGAGCUUUGGGCCAAGCCAGCACCCUCCAUCCAGAAUCUGCCAUUUCAAAAAGCAAGAUGGGGCUAACCCCCCUAUGGCGAGACAGCUCAGCUCUCUCAAGCCAGCGGAAUAGUUUCCCGACUUCCUUUUGGACAAGCUCUUACCAGCCCCCACCUGCACCCUGCUUGGGGGGUGUUCAUCCUGAAUUCCAGGUCACUGCACCCCCUGGCACCUUUACCGCAGCUGACCCUAGCCCCUGGCCAGGACACGGCCUGCAUCAGACUGGCCCAGCCCCUCCCCCACCUGCAUCCGAGCCCUGGCACUAUCCUUUGGCAUCUCAGGUGAGCCCAUCCUACAGCCACAUGCAUGACAUGUACAUGCGGCACCACCCCCAUGCCCACAUGCAUCACCGCCACCAUCACCACCACCACCAUCCUUCUGCUGGCUCUGCCCUGGAUCCAUCCUAUGGGCCCCUGCUGAUGCCAUCAGUGCGCACGGCCAGGAUUCCUGCUCCCCAGUGUGACAUCACAAAGACAGAUCCGACUACAGUCACCACUGCUACCUCAGCGUGGGCCGGAGCCUUUCAUGGAACCGUGGACUUAGUGCCAAGUGUGGGGUUUGAAACAGGUCUGCAGCAUCAAGACAAGAGCAAGGAAUCACCCUGGUACUGAAACACAGUAUUAGAAAGUCAGGUUGAAGUAUGAAUCCAUGGGCCCACUGGGAAAGAGGCUGCCGGGAUUUCCCAUUCUGCAGUGGGACACACUAGACAUGGAAGAAGAAGAGGAAAUGUCAACCAGCUAACCUUGGUUUGGAGCCUUUUCUUGAGAAAGCAGAGUGGGUCCUAGACAUUAAAGAAAAGCAUUUUUGUUUGUUUUUUUCCCCUCAUCUGAGCCUUUGCCAACUGUGCAAAUCUUUUUUUUU